GGCCCCCGGCCCCCUGGACCCCCUGCAGGGCUGUGUGUGCGGGCGCUGCAGCCCUGGGACCCCCCCGGCCCCGAAGCCCCCCCCGAGCUGGAGGAGCCCCCCCCGAGCUGCCACCACGGGCGGCACCGCGGCCACCGAGGGGACAUCACCGGCCACAGAGGGGACAUCGGCCAUCGGGGGGACAUUGGUGGCCACCGAGGGGACAUCGGUGGCCACCGAGGGGACAUCGCCCACCGAGGAGACAUUGGUGGCCACCGAGGGGAUAUUGGUGGCCAUCGAGGAGAUGUCGGUGGCCACAGAGGAGAUAUCGGUGGCCACAGAGGGGACCUCGGCCACCGAGGGGGGGACGUCGUCGUGGGCCACCGAGGGGACAUCGUUGGUGGCCACCGAGGGGACAUCAGUGGUGGCCACCGAGGGGACAUCGCCGCCCGCAUCGGGCGCCUGCAGCAGGCCCAGCUCUGGAGUUUCCCCCCUGGCCCCGUGUCCCCCCCCCGGGCCCGGGCCCUGCCCCCCCUCCAGCAGGUCUGGAGCCUGCUGCACCCCGAGAAAAGGGACGUUCCUGGCCAAACGGGGGCGCAGCUGAAGAUGGGCGGCCCCUCUCCAGACCUCCCACGGGCAGCCGCUGCCCCCACCCAGCUCCCCUGCCCCCUCGAGGACUGCCCAGCCUCUCAAACGGCGCCGCACGCAGCCCCCCAGCAGGGGGGCUGGGGCGCUGCCCCCGGGUCCCCUGGGCCCCCCGUCGUUCCCGCUGCCCCGGGGCCGUGGAGCCCCUCCCCCCGCGCCGAGGCCUGGGCCCCCCGCCUCACGGAGCCCCCCGGACAGACAGGCUCCCCGACCGUUUCAACCUCCGGAGCCGCCAGGGCCGGGGGCGAGUGGGGGUCCCCGCCCCACAUCCCCCUGGCCCCCCUGCUGCGCCCCCAGACUCCCUGCCCGCCCCCUGCCCUGGCUGAAGGAGGCGGGGGCCGACCCCUUGACGAGAUCCUUUUGGGGACCCUCCCAUGGGCGGCGGGGCCGAUCCUCUUUGGGGGUCCCCGGGACCCUUCCCAGACCACCACCACCAGCACGGGGGCACUUCAAACCCCCUUUCCCUACUCCAGACAAGGAGGAGGAGGAGGAGGAGGAAACCCCCCACCAACCCCCUGCUGCCGAUUUCUGGCUGGGGACCCUCCCCACGCCUCUCCCCCGCCCCCUGUCCGAGGGUCCCCCGACGCCUCAGGAAUCCUCCCCGGCCCCUCUCCCCAGCCCCCUCCCGCGGGGGUCGCCUUCCAAAGAGCGCCCCUGCCCCUCCCCCACCCCCGCCCACUCCCGAACCCCCUCCCCACCCUACGGCCUCUCCCCGCCCGCCUCGUCCUCGCCGGAGUGCCCUCGCCUCUUCGACUUCGGGCCCCUGAUCGCAUCAGUUCGAGGAGCCCCGAGUUCGCUAAGAUCCUGCCGGACGGGCUGGCCACCAUCAUGAGGAUGCUGGACGAGUCCAUCCGCCAGGAGGAGGACGAGGAGGGGCCGGGGAGGGGGAGGGGCACGGGGCGCCCCGGCGCCGCCACCCCCGCAAGGAGGAGCGGGCGACGCGAGCGGCCCGUGCUGGCCACGCUGGACCUGCAGAGCCCCGGCGUGCAGGACAAGGGGGCCCCCGAGGCUGGACGCCAAAAUGGGGGUCCCCAGAACCCUCUGCGGCCCCUCUGCUGCCCCUCCUCCCCGCCGCCCCACCCCCUCCCUGGUCAGCUCGGCCGACCUGCUGGAAGCUGCGCUCGCUGGGGAGGGGCCCCCAAGAGCUCCAAGAUCCGCCUCAUCAAGGUGGAGAGCGGGGCCGGGGGCUGGGGGCUCCCGGGCUCGGGGGCCCCGGGGCGGCGCCUGGUGGCCUCGGACGGGGGAGCCCGGGCUGCCCCUGGCCCAGCUCACCAUCCGGCACAGCGCGCGGAGGUGGUGCGGGCCAGCAAGCAGGCGCGGCUGAAGGGGCCGUUCCGCGAGUCCUACCUGUGCCCCGCCCAGUCCGUGAAGCCCCAAAUCGACGCCCGGGAGCAGCUCCCGAGGGACAAACUCAACCCCCCCACGCCCAGCAUCUACCUGGAGAGCAAACGCGACGCCUUCUCGCCCGUCCUGCUGCAGUUCUGCACCGACCCCAAGAACCCCAUCACCGUCAUCCGCGGCCUGGCGGGCUCCCUGCGCCUCAACCUGGGGCUGUUCAGCACCAAGACCCUGGUGGAGGCGAGUGGCGAGCACGCCGUCGAGGUGCGCACGCAGGUCCAGCAGCCCUCGGACCAGAACUGGGACCUGUCGGGGACGCGCCAGGUCUGGCCCUGCGAGAGCAGCCGCUCCCACACCACCAUCGCCAAGUACGCCCAGUACCAGGCAUCGUCCUUCCAGGAGUCCCUGCAGGAGGACAAGGACAGCGAGGAUGAGGAGGCCGAGGAGCCCGACAGCACCACCGAGACCCCCCCCAGGUGGGGACACCCCCGGGCCCCCGACCAGAAAUCCCACCAGAUCAUCAAGUUUGGGACCAACAUCGACCUCUCGGACGCCAAGAGGUGGAAGCCGCAGCUGCAGGAGCUGCUGAAGCUCCCGGCCUUCAUGAGGGUCUCGUCCACGGGGAACAUGCUGAGCCACGUGGGCCACACCAUCCUGGGCAUGAACACCGUGCAGCUCUACAUGAAAGUGCCCGGCUCCCGCACCCCUGGCCACCAGGAGAACAACAACUUCUGCUCGGUGAACAUCAACAUCGGCCCCGGCGACUGCGAGUGGUUCGCGGUGCACGAGCACUACUGGGAGACCAUCUCGGCCUUCUGCGACCGGCACGGCGUGGACUACCUGACGGGCUCGUGGUGGCCCAUCCUGGAGGAUCUUUACCGCUCCAACAUCCCCGUGUACCGCUUCGUGCAGCGCCCCGGGGACCUGGUGUGGAUCAACGCCGGCACCGUGCACUGGGUGCAGGCCACGGGCUGGUGCAACAACAUCGCCUGGAACGUGGGGCCUCUCACCGCCUACCAGUACCAGCUGGCCCUGGAGCGCUACGAGUGGAACGAGGUGAAGAACGUCAAGUCCAUCGUGCCCAUGAUCCACGUGUCCUGGAACGUGGCCAGGACCGUCAAGAUCAGCGACCCCGACCUCUACAAGAUGAUCAAGUACUGCCUGCUGCAGUCCAUCAAGCACUGCCAGGUGCAGCGCGAGAGCCUCGUGCGGGCGGGCAAGAAAAUCGCCUACCAGGGCCGGGUGAAGGACGAGCCGGCCUACUACUGCAACGAGUGUGACGUGGAGGUGUUCAACAUCCUGUUCGUGACGAGCGAGACGGGCGGGCGGAACACGUACCUGGUGCACUGCGAGGGCUGCGCCCGGCGCCGCGCGGGCGGCCUGGCCGGCGUCGUCGUCCUCGAGCAGUACAAGACGGAGGAGCUCAUGCAGAUCUACGACGGCUUCACCCUGGUGACGCCGCCGACCCCCAGAUGAGCCCCUGCCCGGCCCAGGGGGUCCCUGGGCCCCCCCCGAGGGGACACAGCGGGGGGAGGGGGCACAGAGGGGACAGGGGGUCCCCGCCCCUCCCCCCACGAACACUUUUUAUUUAUUCACGGAGAAAUCGCCCCAAAAAUCGUCUCU